AUGGCGAAUAAUACUAGAUACUACUUUUCGCUACCCACCGAAGCACCUGAACGAUCCAGAUCAGCCAGCCGUCGCCCACCUCUGACACCAUCAACUGUCUCUUCGCCAUGUCUCACGACCCUUGUGCCUGUCGCCUCACGACGGGAUUCAGGAUCUUCUGGAAGUCCAACUAAAGCGUCAACCUUAUUGGCCAAGGUAGUCUCGUCACCCACCACGCCUCGAGGCGAGACACCAGUUGGAAGUCCAAUGCCAUCUCCAGAGUCCAGAAUGCACUCGAGCCCGACUUAUUCUUCUGAAAGGCCUCAGAUAUGGAGGAGCGAAAGUGAACGUUAUGUGAGGCAGUACAAGCAGCAAGAUGGAUACAUCAGCUUCCCAGAUUUUGAGAAGUUCUGCCAGAGCCGUAACUCGUAUGACCAGCAGCGUGAACACACUGUUGUCAAAACUUGA